AUGAAUAGCUAUUGGCUGAUUGUCAGCACUUGUCUCUUGUCAACCUUAGGCCUUGCUCUUAUUUUGUAUCAUUAUUUGAAGCAACAUCGAGAACAUCAAAAGGAUGCAGGUGCGGAAUUGGCGGACGAAGAGUUGCCAGUCAUGUUUAAUUCAUCACUCAACUCAAUUCUUGAAAAUUGUGAAAAUUGCAAAAUUGUCAACACUGCACCAUUGACAGACAUGGAACACUUCUUUUUCCAACGAUUUGGAAGUGAAUUGUUUUUGGGAACUCACAAUUUGGCUGUAGCUGGAAUUUGUAACUUUUCGCCGUCAGUAGUGAAGGACAUCUCUGUUGAGAAAAUGAUUGAGAUUUGCAACAAAAGCGUCAAAAUAUUGCAAUAUCGACAUCCCAUGCUCACUGCGGUUCCAGUCAUUAAAGAUGACAAUAAGAGCUUGAUUCAACAAGAAUUUGCAAAACUAUGGAAACGAAAACUAGAAGAUGAAACUCGAGAAGAUAUUGUCAGAAGAGUUUGGGAAGAUUUUUUCAUCCUCUUGCCCAACACCUUGGAAUUCAAGUUUGUGGAAAAUGUACCUGUAAACAUUAAGAUCGAUGAAACAUGUGAUGUGAAUUUGGAAAAGGUGACAUCUGACAAAGAGCUCUGCCAGUAUCGAGUGAAACACGAAUUGAAACACAACUUUACGUACAAAAACAAUUCCUUGCAUCCAUUGUGGACCUUGUCUCUAACUCCUUCUCCCUUCACAAAAGGAAAGUUCAUUUUGUCUUUGGCCUUUUUCCAUGGUAUCAUGGAUGCAAACGCCAUUAAGCAAGUUAUGACCGAUUUUUCAGUCUUGAUGGAUUACUUCUUGUCAGAAAAGAAAGAUCCUUCAGCUAAGAAAGAAAUUGAGAAAAUUGAAGCGAAUAUUGAAGCACAUCAAUGGUUGACACCAAUACCUAUUUCUCCUAUUGAAGCUUUAUUGAAAAAUGCUUCACUGAGCCAACCUUCUCAUUCCAGCACAGGAGCACCAGCCGAUAAUCCACGUCUAUUGACAUCUGUUACCAAUUUUUUCGAAUUUCUCAAAUUCCUCUAUACUACUGCUUCCCAUAAUGGAUUGAGACCAAAAGUAUUCUUCCCUGUGAAGAAGGACUUCCCAGAGCCUUGCACAUGUGAUAUUUUAGUGAGACGUCUUGGAAGUGCAGAAACAGCAGUCAUUGAGAAAAUGUGCCAUGAAAAGCAAAUCACUGUGACAUCCUUUGUUCAUGCUGUUUGUACACUUGCUUGGACACUCUGUUUUGGAACUGUGGAAGAACACUCACAAGAUUAUUCCUUCACAAAUUCAAUCACAGUCGAUCUACGUCCAUGUCUAUUGCCACCACUUAAAAUAGACAGCAGUUCUGUGACAAGAAAUUAUGCAUCUUCUGUUUUUGGUGCCAUUUCCUUUGCCCUAGAUAAGAACAAGUCUCAAGACUCUGCUGUUCUUGAAGAAAUAAUUUGGAAAAUUUCCGAAGACACGAAAAAAGCUCUCGACCGCAAAUAUUUCUAUUCUACAGCUCUGUAUCAAUUCAUGGGAAAGGUCAUGUCAUUCAUUCAUAGCACAUUUGACAUGAGCAGAAAACCAUCCCAUCAAAUGGUGUUCAGUAAUUUAGGAAAAUUAGAACCCAUUUGUGGGAAAAACGUCACAGUUGAAUUAUCAGUUGGAGGUUACUCUUCGUGUGGAAGCCAAUGUGGCGUUUCGAACAUUUUCUACACGAAUUCCAUAACACAUGAAUUGGAAUUUGCAAUUUGUUACCUGAAUGCCCUUUCCAAGGAAGAUGUUGAGAAAUAUAUGGACAAAUUUAUCGAGCUUUUUCAAUUAACAUGUAAAGAGUAUGAGAAAAAGAAGAACGAGGCAUCUCAAACCUCUCAAUAG